GACAGUGGUAUGGCGGUUGUUCGACUGCGGUUGCUGCAGUGUGUAGCCGAAAGUUUUAGGACUUGUCGUUCGCAUGGGAAAUCAAAAGGAACCAUGAUGUUUUUGGCUUCCAUCGUCUUUUUAGGACUUUUCAUUGAGGGCGGGUCCGCCCAGGACGCGACGCCUCGGGGCAAAAACAGUUGUUACGACGAUGCGGGUCGGGCUCGGAGGUGUAUGCCCGAGUUUGUGAACGCCGCUUUCGGCCUGCCGGUGGAGGCAACGAACACUUGUGGCCUCACCGAGGGUACGGAAUACUGCCUACAGACCGGCCACAGCGGCGUGGUGGGCGUCACCAAGUCGUGCUACGUCUGCGACCACCGCGACCCGGCGCGCAGACACCCCCCAGAAUUCAUGACCGACUUCAACAACAAUUAUAACUGGACUUGGUGGCAGUCGGAGACAAUGCUGGAAGGGAUCUUCUUCCCAAACCAAGUCAACCUAACGCUGCAUCUGUCAAAAGCCUUUGAUAUUACCUACGUAAGGAUACGUUUCCAUUCUCCAAGACCAGAAAGUUUUGCAAUUUACAAGCAGAAAAGCUCUGAUGAUGAGUGGAUACCGUUCCAGUUCUAUAGUGCUUCAUGUGAACGGACCUAUGGUUUCAAAUCACGGGAGAUCAUUACACGUGAAAACGAAGCAAAGGCUAUGUGUACCGACGAGUUCAGUGAUAUUUCACCUCUUACCGGAGGAAGUGUGGCGUUCAGCACGCUCGAAGGAAGACCAAGUGCUUUUGAGUUUGAAGAAAGUGAGGUUUUACAGGAAUGGGUGACAGCGUCUGCUAUCAGAAUAGUACUUACACGUAUGAAUACAUUUGGAGAUGAAGUAUUUGGCGAUCCACAAGUGUUGAAGUCUUACUUUUUUGCCAUAUCAGAUUUAGCAGUAGGUGCCAGGUGUAAAUGUAAUGGCCACAGUAACAAGUGUGACCUGGUCACUGGCCAGGGUCUGGAAGACAACCUGGUGUGCAAGUGUGAACACAACACUCACGGCGUCAACUGUGAGGAGUGCCUGCCGUUCUACAACGACCGGCCCUGGAGGAGGGCCACGGAGAGGGACGCUCAGGAAUGCUUACCAUGUGACUGUAGUGGACUGUCCAACAGGUGUUACUUUGACCCCGACCUCUAUCAGCGGACGGGACAUGGCGGACAUUGUAUCAAUUGCCGUGACAACACGGACGGUGCCCACUGCGAGUUGUGUCUCCCCAACCACUACAGACGGAUGCCAGAAAACAGAUGUGUUGACUGCCGGUGCAAUCCAACAGGUUCGGAAAGUCAACAGUGCGGUCAAGAUGGCCGCUGUCGAUGUAAGCCUGGAGUGACCGGAGACAAGUGUGACCGCUGUGCUGCUGAUUUUUACGACUUUGGUAACUACGGGUGCAGACCAUGUUCGUGCUCAGCGGCCGGCAGUUUUAACAACGAGCCUCGUUGUGACUCUAGGACGGGAGUCUGCAAAUGUAAAGAGAAUGUGGAGGGCCAGAACUGUGACACGUGUAAGCCUGGUUUCUUUGGACUGAAUGGAGCCAACCCUUUUGGAUGUGUGUCAUGCUUCUGUUACUCACAUUCCUCCAUCUGCCAGAGUGCACCAGGCUACUAUGCUAGGAGUAUAGCAACAGACUUUGAGACAGGAAAACAGAGAUGGACAGCUGUGGAUCGCCGUGGUGAUGUGAUUGAGACCCAGUACAACGCUCUCACUCAGAACCUGGGAGUAUCAGCAGAAAGUUCAGAGCCAAUAUACUUCCUGGCCCCAGGUCGUUAUCUAGGUGACCAAAGAUUCAGCUACAACCAGUUUUUAAGAUUCAACCUACGUAUUGGCGAGCAGAAUGCCAGGGCGUCCAUCAUAGAUGUGUUGGUUGAGGGAGCUGGACAACAGAUCUCACUGCCUAUAUUUGGAGGAGGAAACCCGAUGCCAGCCGUCGUGGGAAAUGAUUUUAAAUUCCGUCUCCACGAACAUCCAGAUUAUCAGUGGACACCAAGGUUGAAAGCGGAAGAUCUAAUUGGCAUCUUAGCUAAUGUCACAGCCAUUAAGAUCAGAGCAACGUACAAUCCAGAAGGUGUUGGAUUUAUCGAUGACAUUAAACUCGAAACUGCGCGACGUGGUUUCAAUGCUGGCGAUGAGGCAUCAUGGGUAGAACAGUGCACGUGCCCAGAGGGAUACGUGGGCCAGUUUUGCGAGUCAUGUGCGCCAGGAUUCAAGAGAGAUCCACCUAAUGGAGGACCCUUUGCCCAGUGUGUGCCCUGUGUGUGCAACGGCCAUUCAGACGUCUGUGAUGGAAACACUGGUAGAUGUAUCUGUCAACACAACACUGCUGGUGACUAUUGUGACCGAUGUGUGUCUGGUUACUACGGCAAUGCUCGGCAGGGAACUCCACAGGACUGCCAGCCAUGCCCAUGUCCAGGGGGCGGAGCCUGCAUCCAGCUAUACAAUAGGGAUGUUGUCUGCACUGAAUGUGCAGAGGGAUAUGGAGGCAACAGAUGUGAACUUUGCUUGGAUGGUUAUUUUGGGGAUCCUUCAAAUCGCAAACCCUGCCAGAAGUGUUUCUGCAAUGACAACAUUGAUCCGAAUGCUGUUGGAAACUGUAAUUCAACCACUGGAGAAUGUUUGAAGUGCAUCUAUAACACAGCUGGCUUCUACUGUGAAAAAUGUCUGCCUAGUUACUAUGGUGAUGCUAUUUCUUUACCCAAAGGACAGUGUCAGGCUUGCAACUGCUACCCACUGGGUACGAUCCAGGCUGGUGUUUUGACCUGUGACCCGACUGGACAGUGUCCAUGCCUGCCCAACGUGCGUGGCCAGCAGUGUAACCAGUGUAUGAGUGGAUACUGGAACCUCAACAGUGGACAAGGUUGUGACAGUUGUGAUUGUGAUCGUGUGGGUUCCCUUAACUACACCUGUGAGUUGGAGACCGGUUUGUGCACCUGCAAACAAGGUGUGACUGGGCGGCGCUGUGACACCUGUCAGAAGUAUUACUUCGGAUUCUCGCCUACUGGUUGUCAAGCAUGUAACUGUGAGCCUGAAGGAUCCCUCGACCUGCAGUGUGACGAGUACGGCAACUGUCCGUGUCGGACAAAUGUUGACGGGCGACGGUGUGACCGGUGUAUGGAAAACAAGUUCAACAUCACAGCUGGCUGCAUUGACUGUCCGAGGUGUUACGAUCUAGUCCAGGAACAGGUGAACAUCCACCGCACCAAGCUGCGAGAGUUGACCAACCUCAUCAACAACAUCGGCAACAACCCCAGCCUGUUCAAUGACACCGAGUUCAUCAGCUACAUGAAGGCCGUCAACACCUCUGUUAAUGUCUUGCUAAAAGACGCCAGAGGAGCAUCCAGUGGUGACGGGUCGAUAGGCAAACAGCUGCAGGACCUGCGAGCCGACCUCAACGAGGUCAUAGUGAAGACCGGUCAGAUAACUCGCAGCAUCGCGUCUGCCACCGAUGCCUCCAUGCGGACGAUGGGCGACAUCAGUGUGUCGGAAGAGGCCAUCGCUCGGGCGCAGAUAUCGCUCGAAGCCGCUGAGGACUACAUCGACAGGGAGGGAAGGCUGGCCCUGCAGAGGGCGCUGGAAGCUCUCGGCAGAUUCGGGAGACAGUCCGAGCAGAUGACGCGCAUUGCUACCAGGGCGAAACUUGAAUCAGAAAGGCAAAUGGAUGAUGCCGAAAGGAUCAGCACAAUUGCUAAGAAUGCUCUGAACACAUCGAGAGAAGCACUUCGUCUUGCUCAGGAAGUCUUCAGCAUGCCAGACCAAACUGCUUACGAAAUACAGAAAUUGAGACAAGAUUACAGUGAUGCUGACCGUCUGUUCACGCAGACUAAGAUUCUAGCGCAGGAGGCCCAGGACCUGUCUAAGGAGGCCCACAGCCAGGCCCUCGACCUGUACACCGAGGCUCUGGAGGACAUACCAUCCGUCAAUGUGCCACAACUCAUUGCUGAUGCAGCACAGAUAAAAAAUGAGGCUAUGCAGAUCAAAGCAGAGACAGACCGGCUUGUAAAUCAAAAUCAGGAACUUCUCAGUGAUGUUGAAAAACAGAAAAUAUUGGCUGGGGAUAAGCUGGAGGGAGGAAUCCGAUUGCAGCAGACAACAGAUGAACUGCUGGCGGAGGUGGACGCUGCCCGGGCAACAGCGAGGGAUGCUGUAGAUAUGGGAGAGACGACUCUGAAGGAAGCCAAUGAAACUCUGAAAACUCUUAUAGAGUUUGACAAGCUGGUGCAGGAGAGUCGCGGCAAGGCUGACGAGGCCCUGAAGAAGGUUGGAAAGAUCGAAGACACGAUCCGUCGUGCUGAGCAGACCACCGGGGAGGCCAGGGGGGCCCUCAGUGGUGCCAGCUCUGAUGCCAGAGAGGCAUUUAGGCUUGCCAAACAGGCUCAAGAAACUGCUCAACAGGCUUCAGAUGAAGCCAGUAAUAUUCGCGGAGAGGCUGAACGUAUGAAGGAAAAGGCCACCGGUCUGAAGGAUGAGGCUGACAGGUUGUCCACUGAUGUCGACGAUGCCAAAAAAAGAAUGGACGAUUUUGAUUCUCAGGGCAUGGAUGAUGACCGACUUGCUAAAGAGGCUUUAGAUAAAGCAAAUGAAGCUAAGUUUGUUGCCGACGAUGCCUCAAAGAAAGUUGAAGAUGCUCUUGACACAGUCAAGAAUAUUCUUAGGUUGCUAGGAACCGUGGAGAUGGCGAACCCCGCCCAGCUGGAUCAACUGGAGAGGGACCUGGACCAGGUGGAGCGGGCUUUAGCCGACGCCGAGAUCGAGAAGCAGUUUAACAAGAUCACCAGAGCGAACGAUCUGGUGAAGAAACUCGCCACUCAGUACACGGAGGACUAUUCCCAACUGCAGGCGGACGUUGACAAUAUAGAAGACAUUAAAAACUCCUUACCAGAUAACUGCUUUAAGAAUAUAGAAAUUGAACCCUGAGGAGCGGACCACCUUGUUGUGUUCAGUUUUUGUAAAAUCAGUGAAAACACACACAAAAACAACGUAUUACAGCCUAUGCUGGGACAAGCAGAAAAAGGAGUGGCGUCCGUGCUAAAAGUGUUAUUUGUUCUGAUGUUUCAUAAUGCACCAAAAAAAAUGUGGAGAUUUGACUGCUGCAGCGUGUUGUGUAAUAAACAGGCUGGGGGAACCCUGCGGUCUGACCGUGACCCUGCACUGUGUAACCUUCACCCUGCUAGAAACGCCAUCUUACCUCAUUGCUCAUUUGUUAUUCAGAGAUUUUGUUUUAGUUCUUUUAAUGGUCAAAAGUCAUUUUGGUAUUUUCUAAAAAUAAUUUUUACACAAGAUUUUUAUACAAUAAUGUGGCAAAACUUAAUUUACACAGGCCACAGGCAGAUUCAGUCCUAAUUUAUGUCAUUAAAAUAAAAUCUUAUUUUUCAUGUUUUAAUCCAUUUAUGAAGGGAAUUUUGAGUUGAGAUAUUAUACAUCUCAAUACCUGGUAUAUAUAUUUUAAUUAUGUGGUCGAAAUGGGGACAGGAGAAUAAAUGUUACUAAAACACUCUUAUUAAUCAUCUUAUAUAUGACAUUUUAAAACCUCUAGCCUACUUAAAAACAAAAUGGGUAAAAUAACUGCAAGUUAGAUCUUAAAGUGAGAUAUAUAAUAGUAAUACAAAGCAAAAUGUAAAAUAAGCAGUAAGCAAAUCAAAUUUAUCACUGAUAUAUCUUUUAUAUAUUAAGUAAUAUUGAGAUAUUUUAAAAAAUAGGGUUUUUUUUAAUUAUUGUGUCUGAUGUCAAAUCAAGUAAUAAUGUUGGAUCUAUGCUGGUCAAUUGAUGCUGUUAUUUUUACCCUGUUGAUAUUUAAUCAACUUGCUAAACUUACAAAAUGCAUAAUAUGUCGGGAUGAUUAAAAAAAAAUCCAAGUGUUUAAAGUGAUAUUAAUAAAAUGUGUUUACACUAAGUUCUAUAUUACACAGUAUUAAUACUUGCUUACAACACAGAAAAGUAAUUUUUUUGUAAACUUUUUUUUUGGAAAAAGGUAGCAUUUUUAGAUCAUAUUUAAGAAAAAAGAUAGAAAAACUAUAAAACUCCCAUUUUAAAAUAGUUUUUAUGAUUUCCUGUCAUUUAAGAAUGCUUAGGAUGUAUAUAAUUAAUGAAAUCAUUGUGUACUUUUGCCAUUUCAUGUAAAUAAUGAAAAAUUACUGGCUAGCAACACUUUUCUUCUUUCUUGUUUUUUGCUAACAAAAACAUACCAAAGUAGCUGAUAUUAUUAUAGUAACCAUACUAAUUUAACUGGGUUUUUUUUUUUUUUUUUCAGGAUGAAGUAUUUUCGUACUUGAAUGUACCAGCAUAUUAUAAUUUUUAUUAUUUCUCAAUAUCAGAUGUAUGCUUUUACCUAUUUGCCUUAUAUUACCUCAGAAAAUGUACAAUCAAAGUGCCAAAUUAAAAAACAACAAAAAAUGUUGAUCCAAAGUACCAGGUUUUUUUUUUUUUUAAGAAGGCAGACUUGCAUAGGCGUCGGAAAUGGGGGGGCACUGGACCUCCCAACUCUGAAACUGGGGGGCCAUAAUAUGCACAAUAUGAACUUGCAUUUAAUAAGUGCCCCCUGCCAUUUGCUGCCAUUUUCUGAUGCCUAUGACUUAAUAUUGUGCAGCAUGAUAAGGCCACUAGUUUAAAGUUAUUUUUGUGCUUAAUGCUUAAUGCUUAAGCGCAUUGUCCUGGACACAAAUCUCAGCUUUGUGGGAUGUCUGACUACAACAGAUGUGUAGAUAUUAGUUAGUGAGAAACAAAAUUGGUUAAUGAUCUUAUACCUACCUCCAUAGUGAACUUCAAUUGUUUAUUUGCCCAAAACGUCUGCUUAUAGGCCAAAAUAACAAAAAUGUAUGUGUGAUUUUAACAUAGGCCAUAAAUAGGUCAGAUGCAUGUGUAGGAAAUUAUGCAGGGAGCAUCUACACUGAGGAAUGAAUGUUCUAGAGGGUUUCAAGUUAUGCUUCCCCAGAAAAUAUGUUUGACUGCUGAAACCUCCCCAGCACAGGCUGCAUGGGUUACAAGAUGCUGCUAUUUUGAUGCCUGUAAAAUUCAGUAUGGCUGCAAUCCAAUAUUGGGGUGCGAACUCAGUACCUUCCAGCUUUAAGGUCGAAAGCUUAAUUAUUAAGCCAUCAAGGCUGGUGACCUCUUAUUGGUUUCAGAUUUAUAUUCUACACAUGUGCCCAUGACAGGCGUGUGCUACAACAGCUUGUUCUGAAUGCGCACGUUAAAACCUAUGACCUGACCUGACCUGGAUCGAAAGUCAAUACUAUGGGAUGGACUGCCAGUAACACUGUUAACAUAUUCAUUCUAUGGAUGAGGGUUUUGACUGUAGUCAAUAUUUGGUAUUACUAUUUAUGUGUUGCCUUUAUUCUUUCCAUCAGUAUAUAGCCUACAUCAAACGUUUUAAAAAGAAGUCAUAUUAGUUGAGGCCAGUGGCCAUAAUGUUCAUUAAAGUAAUAUGCUAUUAAUUAAUGACACUCUUCUUUUUUUUUAACUCGCAUGCUUGCAAAACGCUCAAGUGCAUGCCAAGUUUCUGGUUUGGGAAUUAUUUCGACAGCAGUAUCAUUGUUCCAAUACCUGGUUGUAAGUAGCAAUAGCACACAAUAAUUCGACAUAUUACCGAUUCUUCUAUUAUAAUAUACCGGUAAGAAGAAGAACCCCACUGGUUAUAACUGAUGUAGCAGUAAUAGUGAGCUAUACCCUCAUAAAACCUGUACCUCCAUAAUAGAACCAAUGGUUGUAGAUGUAGUUUUUAUAAAAGCUAUACCUCAUUGAGAAUGUAUAACUCUGUUGAUUGCUGCUUGUUGGGUCUGAGGAAAAUUUCACCUUUGUAACCAAGACUGACUUCGUUUUUAACUACUUCAUUCCCACGUCUGAAAAAAUGGCAUUUUUGAAGAUCAUAAUCGAUUGUAACUAAUGUUGAUGCUUGUCUGCCAAACAGUGAGUCUGCACUUGAAUUGCAUUGUCUUCACUAUAGAGACAUUUGUAUAGAAAGUUAUGUCCUGGGCCCAUGCUUAUAAAAACUUUUAGAGUCCAGACUCAAUCUCUAAUGAUGUCACACACAUACAAUUUGUAUGGCGUUGCCAUGAUGUUCACAUCUCAGACUCUUAUUAGAGUCUCAAGUCUAGACUCGUAAAAGUUUUAUAAGCACCAGACCUGAUCUGACAAAAGGGAGGUAACUCAACAUUAGCGUCUCGAGUCUAGACUCUUAAAAGUUUUAUAAGCACCAGACCUGAUCUGACAAAAGGGAGGUACAGUGUAGAUCCAUUUUAUUCCAUGGAAUUCUUGUAUUCUUCUGUAGAGUUGUUGAUAAAUUUGUCCUGUCUUCAUAAAAUUAAUCUUGUACUUUGUGCUUUUAUAAAAAAAAUCGUCAUAAAAUUAAAAUUAAUCUUGAAAGCUAAACAAUUUUAGCUUUUUCAUUAACACUGGUAUUAACAGCAGCAGCAGCAGCAGCAGCAGCAGCAGCAGCAGCAGCAGUGGUUUAUGUAGAUUUAUAUUUAUAUAUAUAUGUGUGUGUGGGGGGCCCCCCACUUUGUGGCACCUUCCUACACCACUGAUUAAUAUUGCAGAUGUUAAUUUUGAAGUUAUUUCCCUUCAUCAGAUCGGGUCAGGGUUGUCUACCUAACCUUUUUGCACUAAAGACAAGAAGAUACCUCACAAUGCUGUAUGAUGUAUUGUGAUAGAGAUGAAAUAUGAUUUACGUUUGACUGACAAUUUUCUAAAACCCUUUUUUUCCUUUUGUGUCUUCCUUUGAGUGCAUUUGGCGAUCUUCUUUUCCGAAGACCAGAUUUUAAAAUACUUAGGGCCUAAUUUAUGAAGCCUGUUUAUCUUAAACGCAAGUGUUUAAACUUAGUAAAUGUAUGUAGUUACACGCUGGUAGAUCUAAAAUAGGCUUUGUAAAUUCGGCCGUUAUUGUCUAUUUAUAAAUGUUUAUUAGUUUGUAUUUAUGGCAUUUCGGUCACAAGCAUUAUAUUCUUGUUUCACUCUUUUUAUGGUGCUAUAUAUGUUGUAUGUUUAUUGAUAUUGUAUCAGGUCUAUUACUCCAUGUAUUCUGUAUAUUAAUCAAGUGUUGGCCAGUCGCAUCAUGCCAUAAUAAAACAGUUGAAUAUUUAAAACAAUGCUUUACUGUUUGUUACUCAGUGGUCAACAGGGUUUUCCUGAUGGUGUAAUUAAACUCAGUUGUAGCUAAAAAAUAUUUUUGUUACUUUAUAGAUAAUUUAAUUCCCCCCACAUAAUUUAGAUGGUAUGUGCUAUACAAGUCUCUUGGAUAUAUAAAGUAAUGGCAACGUGUGUUGGCUGCUUUUUGUCAUUUUUAUUAAGACAUUUUGAUUAAUUUUUUUGAAUUAUAAUUUAAUAUUCAGUUGAAAAAUAAAUGUACUAGUGUGGUACUAGAGGUUAAUUAUAAGAUAUUAAUGACAAAUUUAUUUUUUCAAAAUACCUAUCUAUUAGCAGCAUUGAAUUAUAGGGUUGUUUCGAUUUUUUUUGUGUAUAGGUUGGGUGGGGGAUAUGCUAAGAAUUAAUGUUUUUGAAAGUUUUAAAAUUAUUUAAUGUCAAUAUAACUUUUGUAUAAUGUUGAAGAAACAAAUGGAAAACAUUGAACGUUGAUAAUGUUGAUUUGUGAACACUUAGGCCAAGCCCUGUUGUAAGAUGAUGCAUUGGUAACACGUUUGUGUAUAUUAACUGUUUUUAACAAGUAGACUUAUUACUGCUAUUUGCUUUUUCUGUGCCAAUUCGAUUGUAGUUCUUUUUUUUCUUUUCUUUUUAGUAGCAUUGUACAGAUUUUGUGCUAGCUAAUAGUUUUCUUUUUAAAAGUAAUUUAUUGCUCAAACCAGAACUUGGUUUGGUAUAGCAUCAUGGUGUAUAGUAACUAGUAUCUGUAGAGUUCAUGGUAGAUUGUUUUACAGUAUUUUGGAGCAAAUCAUAUAUAUCUGCUCAGGGAUGAAAUAAACGGGGAUGGAUCGUUACAUUUAAAUUUUUUAUUAAAGGUACAUGUUCUAAAUGCUUAAAUUAAAGUCAUAUCAGCAUCAUCCUCAUAGAUUGAACUCCUGAUGUGUAAUGCCCUAUAGUAAUGUAUAGAGAAGAAAUAUACACUAAAAGUUGUAAUAUUGAUGCUAUUACUGGUGCAUCGACAAGUUUGACCAUUGCAUUAAACUGUUAUAGUAAUGUUGAAGCACAUUGUUAUGGGCUUCUACCAUGAUUAAAACACAUCUAAUGUACAAAAACUCCAAGCAAGAAAGGCUGUAUUGUGCAGAAAUAAUAUACAGUGUAGCAGAACAUGUAUCUUUAAUUUUAAAAAAAUAUUAAACACAACAACUGUAUAAAGUAAAACGUACAUAUGUUUAAUGUUGUCUUGUUUUUAAUAAAUGCUAUUUUAGUUCCAACAUAAUUAUUAUUAUUUUUUUUUUUUUAAAGAGAACUGGUACAUGUGUGUAUGUUGUGUUAUGGCAGAUAUAAAUGCCACAUUUGUACUUGUUAGUUUGGAGUAGUAUAUUCUAUACAGUAUAUUAUGUGGCUUUUAUGUGGACCCAUUUUGGGAUUUUCACUUUAACAACUACAUGUAAAUACCCAGUGUAGAUUUAUUUCACAUUUUCCAUUUGAUUAUUUUAUUAAAAUGAUAGAAAAGUAAUUUCAAAUUAAGAUAGUUUCAACAGCUCUUAAAGGUUGCCCUUCCUCCCUCCCCUACUCCCUUUUGUAGUCAUAUCAUGUGUUAAGAUAAAAUUGACUUGUUUAGAAAGGGGUGGUGAGUUGCUUCUCCUCUUACUUUAUCUGGAUCUUCCCUGAUUACUUUGACCUUUUGUAAAUAGUAUUAUCCUCUGAAAUAGUUUAGAUCCCUGAUAUUAAUAAUUAAAAGGAAUGCCUACAAUAUGUUCGACUGUAUUUUUAACACAUUGCUAAUUUCUCCAUCGAUGGUGAAGCACCAUGUUAAAAUUUUUGUGUGAAAAUACAGACCAUUUCAUGCAAAAUUCACUAACGUUUUUCAGGUUUUUUAUAACAGGAGAGGUCGGUAAAUACCAGGGGCCUAAUUCACUAAAGUCUCGCAACUUUGCGAUCUCGCAGUGCAAUGCUAAAAGACUUGCAAAGAGGAUGCUUUGUUAUCUGGCAGAGCCUAAGAAAGCUUUGGGAAUUAGGCCCCAGGGGUAAACAAAUCCCCAUAGAUUACAGAAUAUGAUUGUUUUAUAUUAGCAAUAUCCUAAUCAUUGGCCUACAAUACUAAAAACACUGAUAUAGUACAAUGCAGUGCUGUACAGUACAGUGCAGUUUUCAGUUAACAAGGUGUUAGUUAAAACAAACCCAUGCUCAAGUGUUACACUAUGUUUUACAUCAAUAUCAUUAAAAUGUUACCCUGGGUACAUCAAUUCAUUUCUCUUGAUUGCUUGAAUAUUUGUGUUGCUUAUUUGUCAAUUCUGACAAGCCAUGAAGUUGUAAUCCAAAGCUUCUUCCAAAGUCGAAACGUUAAUACAUCUCCAAUAUUAUUAAAGUGACAUCUAAUAGUUAAUAAGAAUGUGAUAAAUACCUUCUAAAAGUAGGUGGAAAGGAUAUUUUCUAUUUGUCAAGAAGUCUCUUUCAAUUUUAUAUCACUGAAUCUCAAGUACGAUGUUUAACCAUGAGAGGAAUUACGAGAAAUAAAUUGAUAUAUUUUUUCCAUGCUAUAUAAUUACAGUAAUUGCUUUAAAUUUAAUAUUGAUUUUUUGUAUGGUUCACCAAGAUUGUAUUUAAAGCACUGUUUAUGAGAACAAAAGAUGUCCGAUUAAUAAUAAGCAUGUUAAAAUUAUUAUAUGUAAUUAAUCAAUGUUUUGUGCAACACUUGACAUUUUUGUCUUCUUUUUUAAAUAUAACUUAAUGUGCUUGAUAAUCAUUUGCUGCUUUAAGCAAUACAUAUUGACCCUAAAUAUUAGAACAGAUUUUGGGAAAAUAAUUGGCUUUGGUUAAUUUUCAAGAGGUUUUGAUCACAAGGAUGUAUGCCUUGUAUGUGAGUGAAGAAAAUAUGAAGCUGAUACUUCAGAGUGGGUGGGUGUGAUGAGUACUUAUGCACCCCCUCCCACACCACCCCACCCCUAAAGUAGUUCCAUUUACAAACAGAAUCAAUUUUAAAUGUUGACGAUCCACGCUUUUGCCAAAAAUGCACAGAAAUUAAUUACCUCACUCUGCAGGAAAUCCUGUUUAAGUGCCUUGAAAAAUACAAGGUAAAUUUUCAUAAAUUCAUUUUAUUUGACAUCAUUUCUCUUGCCUUUCAUCUUUUUCUGUGAAUUUAUGAACAUUAUUAACAACUUAAUUGGGAUUGUAGAUCCAAAGAAAAUUGUGUAAAAUUAUAUAUAUAUAAUUCACUUCAGAAUGAGUAAAUUUGUGAUGUGUACAGUUUGCUUGGUAUGCUGUUGUGCUCAUAUCUAAUGUUAAUCAUAUCAGAUACAGUGACAGAUCCAAGUUGUUUUCGGGGGGGGGGGGUGGGGGCACAGAAACACUGCAAUUCAAAAUGGCUACCUACAAGACUGUCAUUUGCAGGUAUGUGUGUGUGCAGGAAAUUGUGCAUGAAGAGUCUUAGACUAUGGUGAGCAACAUUUUUAGAUGGGGGUUGGGUCAUGCUGCCUCGGGAUAUACAUUGAAUAAAAAAAAAAAAAUCGUUUAAAGGCUGGCAGGGCUUUCGACCCCCAAACCCCUGUACACACACCUGAUUUGCCGGGAAUAAAUGGUGUGCAGGGAGUGAUUCUAAAGCAGAGUUACACCGAUGAAGAGUAAAUUUAUCUAAUAACUUCUCUCAAUGAUACCUCAAUAAAAAAUACCCCCUCCCCCCCUUCUCCCUCUCGUCUCCUCCUUGGAUCUGUUGCCAAAAGAGCAGCUUAAUAAGUUGGCCGUGUUCCAAUGUCUAGUGAUGUAGGUAGGUUUUAUAUUGUGUUGUAACCAAAGAAUAGUUAGCUUUGUAAAUUUGCAUGUACAUGUAUAUCUAAUAUUGUUAAGAAAAAACCCCAACUACUUCUCCAUCUUGGAAUUUAAAAUGUGGUCGAUUUUUUUUUUUUAAGGUGGCCAGUUUUAAUUAUUUACAAGUAUUAACAGUUGUAGUUAUAUCACAAGGAAAUUAAUUGAAUUUUGUUUCCAAUAUUGCUGUGACUUUUUUUUACAAUACUGGUUUAAUAGAAAGAUAGCAAAAAUAAAUGGUUUAAUAUUUCUUGCACAAUAAAUUCAUAUUUUUCAUUUUUGUAUUUGAACAAGUAAUUAAUUGUUUUUUAAUUAUUUUUAUUAACAAAUGAAUUUGCUAUCAUUAGUAUCAAAACAGUUUGUACUUUUUCACGUUUUUGUAUGAAAAUAUGAAUAAAUGUUUUUACAAAGAA